AUGCCUCCGAAACGAAAACGCAGUGACAUCGCCUCUGAUUCCCGAGGCGACCGUGAAACGAACUCGAACAAACGCGUUGCCAGGCUCGUGGCUCGUACACGACAGGUCUCCGAACACGUCGUAAAAUCGAAAUGGAUGACGCUACCAGAGCCUGCCCAAACUCGCAUUAAGGAGCUGUUUGGCGCAAUUGAACUUCCAGUGCUGACGAAACAGAGGGAUGAGAAGAAGAGAAUCGAGGUGCAGUCUGCGCUUGCUGCUGUGAGAAAAACGCUAGGCAAACGACUUCCGAAAAUGCCGUUUCCUCCAGGAACGAAGGCUGUCAACUUUGAUUACGAUGCUGCGUUGAACGAAAAUCGUAUUCUCGAAAGUCAGUUAGCGAUGAUGACAAACUCGGCUGCUCUUCUGAGAAGAGAGAUCAAGCGUGAGGAGGCACAGCUUGCGAGGGACACUGCAAAACUGGCAGAACUUGAAAAGAACGCCAAGGCUGCUAAGGUACACCAGAAGAAGCAAACGAAAAAUAUACAUCCCGCUCUUCGUCGCCUUGAACAACGCCCAUUACGAAUAGAAGAUUCCGCGAACCUUAGUGUGACGGAUGCCGAAGAGAAGCCUGGGUUGUUGUGUGACAUAGACGAUGAGAACCCGGACCUCUUAUCUUUGGUGAAACAACUACGGAACCAUCUCGAAUCUAUGCAGGCCAACGCUGGCCAAGUUUCUGGUGUUCGGGAGGCCAUCACACGCGCCCAAUAUUCACUAAGCAUGUUACCUCUGGGAUGA